GCAGCAGCAGCAAUCACCAUUUACCACCUUAUUCCUUAGCAUUACUUCUCCUUAUCUCUAGAUCAUAAGAAUGCUUGUCUUCUAAAAAUAUAUAUAAUUUUUGUCUUUUAAAUUUAUUUUUAAUUUUCACACCACUUAUUUACUGGUUUUUAAGACUGUUCAGUUUCCAGGAUGACAAUCAAACAUCAAGGCCAGCAGUACAGGCCAAGAAUGGCAUUCCUCAAAAAGAUUGAAGCAUUGGUGAAGGAGAUGCAAAACCCAGAAUCAGGAAUCAAAAUGCAAAGCCAGAGGGUCAUGAUCACUAAUAUCCCUCAUGCAAUGACAGGAAAUGAUAUCUUACAAUGGAUUGCACAGAAGCUUUGGAUUGACAACCCAGAGGCACAGAAUUUGGGGAAUUUCGUUGUCAAGUAUGGCUACAUUUACCCCCUGCAGGACCCCAAGAAUCUCAUCCUCAAACCUGAUAACAACAGUCUUUAUCGAUUUCAGACACCUUAUUUCUGGCCCACUCAGCAGUGGUCAGCUGAAGAUACGGACUAUGCUAUCUAUUUAGCCAAGAGAAAUAUCAAGAAGAAAGGAAUUUUAGAAGAAUACGAAAAGGAAAAUUACAACUUUUUGAACAAAAAGAUUAACCAUAAGUGGGAUUUUGUCAUCAUGCAGGCCAAGGAGCAGUACAAAACUGAAAAAGAAAGAAAGAAAGUGGACAGGUAUACCUUGAAUUGUCAAGAAAAAGCUUAUUGGCUGGUCCACCGAUGUCCUCCAGGAACAGACAACGUCCUUGAUUAUGGCUUAAAUCGAGUGACCAAUCCAAAUGAAGUUCAGAAAAAAACAAUUAGCUUGAUCAGAAAAGAGAUCAUGUACUACCAACAGGCUUUAAUGAGACCUACAGUGAAAUCAUCAGUCUCUAUUGGAGGAAUUGUGAAAUACAGUGAACAGUUCUUUUCCAAUGAUGCUAUCAUAUCAGGAUGUCUCCCUAGCAAUCCUUGGAUAACAGAUGAUAUCCAGUUCUGGGAACUAAAUGCCAAAUUGGUGGACAUCCCAACCAAAAUGAGAGUGGAACGAUGGGCCUUUAAUUUCAAUGAACUGAUCCGAGAUCCCAAGGGGCGACAAAGCUUCCAGUUAUUUCUGAAGAAAGAAUUCAGUGGGGAGAAUCUGGGAUUCUGGGAAGCUUGUGAAGAUUUGAAAUAUGGAGAUCAGUCCAAGGUCAAAGACAAGGCCGAGGAAAUUUACAAGCUUUUUCUGGCUCCAGGAGCAAGGCGGUGGAUUAAUAUAGAUGGCAAGACCAUGGACAUUACAGUCAAAGGACUGAAACACCCUCAUCGCUAUGUUCUUGAUGCUGCUCAAACUCACAUCUAUAUGCUUAUGAAAAAGGAUUCUUAUGCUCGGUACUUAAAGUCUCCAAUUUACAAGGAAAUGCUGGCCAAAGCCAUUGAACCUCAGGGGAUAUCCAACAGAAGGAGCAGUAUCCCAUUCAGGCGGCGGCGUCUUCAGUCCAGCCUAAGCCCUGUCAUUGUUCGGCAGCUGGAGGAAGAGGCUAAAGCUCGAGAAGCAGCCACUACGGUGGACAUUACCCAGGUCAUGAGCAAACUGGACCGGAGGAGCCAACUCAAAAAGGAAAUUCCUCCUAAAUAAACUAAGAGGUGCCGGCAUGGAGGAGGAAAAUCCAAGGAAAGGGAUUUUCAGUGGGGAGGGGAAGCUAAAAAAAAAAAAAGCCACCAAACUGAAAUCCCUUGCACACAUUAUUCUAUUUCCUAUCCUCAAUGGACUCUCUUCCUUUCUAGGUUCUUCUCUCAUUGAUUGAAGACCACCACUAAUAUCACUCACUAGGGCAACCAAAGCUGAUUUCCCCAUCUUAUUUCAUAAAGUAGCAGAAAUAGAGGAUGAAAAGCUUGGGGAUGGGGGAGACAUCUGACUCACAAUCACCAUAUAUCAGUUUAUAUUAAAUUCUGGAAUAUGGGAAGUAAGAGAAAUAGGAUACUUGGAGUAGCACUUCUUUUUUUUAAAUUAACAUUUCAUUUUCCCCUAGUUACAUGUAAAACAAUUUUUAAUAUUUUUUUUAAAUUGUGUUCCAGAUUUUGAGUAGUAUUUCAAUUAUAAAAUCAUAGAUGUGGAAUCAUCUCUUCUUUAAAGCUUAGUUAGCUUAGGAACAUCAGUUAAAAUUUAAAUCUGAAAUGUCCCUCACUCUUGCUAUCAAUCCACUUAAUGCACUGCCUGAAUGAGAUUAUUAAAGUAGUUUAGGGGCAAGGGUGGGGAUUGUUGAGGGGUUCAUCAGUAGCUUUCUUUUUUAUUCCCACAAAUUCAAGGCUGUCCAAUCCCUCCAUAUCUGGAUUCCUUUUCCAUGCUGUUCUUAAUUCAUUUCAAUAAGCAUCUAUUAAAGGUCCACCAUGCAAAAGGGAGGGAAGGAGAGAGGGGAUAAGCAUUUAUAUAGCUCCUAUUAUGUGCUAGCCACAGCACUAGAUGCUUUAUAAAUGUUAUCUCACUUGAUUCUCACAACAACCCUGUGAGUUUGGUGCUGCUAUUAUAUUCAU